AUGAAGGGACUGACUCUGCUUGGACUGGCUUCAGUGCCAUCUGCACUGGCUUUGGGCAUCCCCGCCCAGCAAGUGUUGCUUCCUGGCAGCAUCUCCCACAGUCUCGAGACCCUCGACCCAUCUGCUCGCGAAACUUGUCCGCAAGCACCCAAAGUCGCCUCUCCCAAUGACGGACUCCAUUCAUCUUUGAAAUUCCUCAAGGAUGAGGCCUUCCGUGCCCUCCAGGCUAAGCGGUUAUCGCGGGCAGUGCAGGUGCCCACCACCGUUGGCGACUUCGCGACGGAUCCUUAUGACGAGUCAUUUGAGCCAAUCGUAGAGUUCCAGUCAUUACUGGAAGAUUUGUUCCCUCUAGUUCAUGCCAAGGCAAAGGUCGAGCAUAUCAACAGACUCGGCCUGGUCUUCACAUUGCAGGGUGCCGAUACAACCCGCAAGCCCAUCUUGUUCAUGGCCCACCAAGAUGUCGUCCCCAUCGACGAUCCCUCCGACUGGACGCACCCGCCCUUCGAGGGCUUUUUCGACGGUGAAUGGAUCUGGGGCCGCGGCUCAAGCGAUUGCAAGAACGUCCUGAUCGGACUCCUAUCCACCAUAGAGGAUCUCCUCUCGCAGAAAUGGCAGCCACAGCGCACUGUCUUGCUAGCCUUUGGUUUCGACGAGGAGUCACACGGUUUCUUGGGUGCUGGGUCCAUUGCCGCGGCCCUCGAGGAGCGAUACGGCAAAGACAGCUUCGAAUUCAUCCUCGAUGAGGGUGGUAUGGGUCUGCAGAACCUGGGUAAUGAUAACGACAUUCUGUACGCUCUGCCUGGUGUCGGUGAGAAGGGAAGUCUCGAUCUUGUCCUGGAACUCGCCGUGCCUGGUGGACACAGCUCCGUCCCACCCGCGCACACUGGCAUCGGUAUGAUGGCCCAGAUCAUCUACGAACUGGAGCGACAGGAGCUCUUCUCGCCUCGUCUGGACCCAUCGCACCCCUCAUACGGCAUGCUCGAGUGUCAAGCGCGGUAUUCACCGAACUUCGUCGAACCCUGGCUCUCCGAAAAGCUGGCCGAGGGUGACGCCGAAGCCCUUGGUGAAGCCGUCGCCUCAUCGCGCGGUCCAGCCGUGCGUUACACCCUCCAAACCUCCCAAGCCGCCGACCUCUUCAACGGUGGUGUCAAGACGAACGCUCUUCCAGAAAAAAUCUCAGCGGUAGUCAACUACCGCGUGGCACUACACAUGACACCAGAUCAACUCCGCGAGCGCGCCGAACGCAUCAUCCGUCCCAUUGCUGCUUCCCACAACAUCACACUGCACAUCGACUUCCCCGGCGUCGCCAACACGGCCGACGAGUUCGGUGGAUCGGGCGAUCGCACCCUCACUCUGUCCCCGCUCAUGGAGGCCCUUAGUCCAGCACCAAUCUCGCCAACUGACCCGCUCACCUCGAAGACCUGGGCACGAUUCUCCGGCGUAGCUCGCAGCGUGUUCGAAUCACACCCUAACCCGUUGAGCACUGCCGAGUCCGAGUCAAGCCCCACGGUCGUCGUCACCGGAGAUAUCAUGACCGGUAACACCGACACGCGAUUCUACUGGUCUCUCUCGGAGAAUAUCUACCGCUGGAGCCCGUCGCGCCAAGGUGGUGCUUUUAAUAUUCACACUGUGGAUGAGCGGAUUCGGUUGGAUGUGCAUCUGGAGGGUAUUAUGCUGUACUAUGAUCUCAUCCGCUCCUUUGAUAAUUGGGACGAGGAGUCUCUGUAA